GGGAGAAAAAGAAACACUGUCAGCUUUUCAGUUCUUUGUGAGGAGAGAAAUAAUAAUUAGCCUCAACUCAAGCUCCCUCCCUCUCACCAAGAACCGAAAUCGACAUUUGUUUCUCUCUGCGGUCUUCUCUGAAAUUUUCUCAAACCCUAUAACAAUCUCAAACUGGUAUCAUCUCAAAUACUUAAGCAACCUUCACUAUUUCGUCUAAGCAGCUUGUUUGAAACAGAAUAAGUUUCAAAAAAUGAUAAAGAUUUUCGGAUUUUAAGAAAUGAAGAAUUUGCGAUGGUUUAAGCAGAUAUCAAAUUUUAGCAACAGAGGAGAAAUUAGAAGAAGGAGAAACGAAGAAGAAAGUAAAAGAGGAUCGGUAUCAUGGUCAAAAUAUUUAGUAUCAAGUGGAGGAGAAAUUAAAGGAGAAGGGGAAGAAGAAUGGAGUGCAGAUAUGUCGCAGCUGUUAAUAGGCAACAAGUUUGCAUCAGGUAGACAUAGUAGAAUUUACAAAGGUAUUUAUAAACAAACUGAAGUAGCUAUUAAGUUAAUUAGUCAGCCCGAAGAAGAUCAGAAUUUAGCUAACCUUUUGGAAAAUCAAUUUAAUUCUGAAGUUACUUUACUUUUUCGGCUUCAACAUCCCAAUAUCGUCACUUUUGUUGCAGCAUGCAAGAAGCCUCCUGUAUUUUGCAUCAUCAUGGAGUAUUUGGCGGGUGGAUCUUUAAAGAAAUACCUUCAUCAGCAAGAGCCCCAUUCGGUUCCGCUCGACUUAGUUCUAAAAUUUGCCCUUGACAUUGCACGAGGAAUGCAUUAUCUUCAUAACCAAGGGAUACUUCAUCGUGAUCUCAAGUCGGAAAAUUUACUUCUUGGGGAAGAUAUGUGUGUGAAGGUUGCAGAUUUUGGAAUCUCCUGUUUAGAAUCUCAAUGUGGCAGCGGCAAGGGAUUUACUGGUACUUACCGUUGGAUGGCACCAGAAAUGAUCAAAGACAAACACCAUACAAAGAAAGUUGAUGUGUACAGUUUCGGUAUUGUGCUCUGGGAGCUGUUAACGGCAUUGACUCCGUUCCAGGACAUGACCCCUGAACAAGCUGCUUUUGCUGUCUCUAGGAAGGUUGAUGCAGAAUGCAAGACCCCCAUUGCCUACUGCUUGCCCGAUGAAGUUAAGUCAUCUUAUCAAUCGAUGCUGGUCAAGUAACCCAGAUAAGCGACCUUACUUCGACGAGAUUAUUUCAAUUCUUGAGGAUUAUUCGGAGGCUUUCGAACAGGAUCCAACGUUUUUCUCUUCCUACGAACCAACCCAGCACAGAACUCUUGUAAAGUCUAUCACUAGGUGUAUCUCUGUCCAUAAAUCUGCUCUGAAAGCCUGAAAUUCUUCUUAGAGAUUUUACGUGCAUGUGCCAUAUUGUUUUCAGUACUCUGAUGCAUUUAUGCUUAGGAAUAUUCUAUAACAUGUUUUUGGUUCCACGAAAACAUCUGUAAACGGAAUGCAAGACAGUUACUUUCCCUGCUGCAAUACAAGUAUGUUCUUGUAAUUGGCCUUAGUCUAUAUCUAAGUCAAGUAACCACAUGUUUGUGACUCGAAA